GCCCUGGACCCGGCUCGCGCUCGGUCUCGCGCUGUCAGCGACUGCCCGGCUCGCGCCGCCUCGCGCUCCUCUCCCUCAGUCAGUGGCGCCCAAGGCUCCGUUAAACGGCGGCGCGGCGGUUCCUGUUUCCGUUUCUAGCUCUCUCCCCUUUCGGUCGGGAGUAGCAUCCUCCACGCAGCCGCCCCUCCCACCCCACCCCACCCCCGUCCUCCGGCCCGGGGCGGCUGCGGCGGACGCCCGGGGUGGUGGCGACUGGCGACGGCGGAGACCGCCUCAGCUCCCGCCUCGGGUGUCUUUUCUUUAUGUUCAACCAAAGAGAACUUGAUUGUGCUGUGUCGUUGAUGAGGAUUGUUCCUGGCCCAGUCUGGUUCGUGUUCUGUGUCCCUCCUGCAUUUGGUUUCCCCUUUCUCCAAAUUGCUGCUGUUGCUAAGAGGCAUCUAAAACCCUGCUGGUGUUUUCAUUUAAGAUAAAGUGCUUUAUUGCCUUUGUUGAUCAACUGAGGAAUUUUAGGUAAUAAUUUUAGUGGUGCAGAUUCAAGCAAUAAUACAUUCCUUUGGCAAUAUCCCGUGGUUUGGUCAGCUCUUUAUAUUCUGGGGGAAGGAAGAAUGUACAGUUUAUGAAACACAGGACAGUAAGACGCCCGCUCACAUCUCCUGGAGGAUCUCUUUCAAAAAUCCAGCCCUGGGGCACCAGAGAGCAGGAGUGUGGGAAGCAUCAUGUGCUGAAGCGGCGGACCUCGGCUCACCUGUGCCCUAACAGAGUUACAAUGUUUUCAAUUCUCUGAGCUUGGAAUUCAGGGGAGUGAGUUGAAAAUCUGAAGAUGCGGCCAUGGAGUGGUUCCUGGCGUUGGAUUAUGCUCAUUCUUUUUGCAUGGGGGACCUUGCUGUUUUAUAUAGGUGGUCACUUGGUACGAGAUAAUGACCACCCUGACCACUCGAGCCGAGAACUGUCCAAGAUUCUAGCAAAGCUUGAACGCUUAAAACAGCAGAAUGAAGACUUAAGGCGGAUGGCUGAAUCUCUCCGGAUACCAGAAGGCCCUAUUGAUCAGGGACCAGCUACAGGAAGGGUACGUGUCUUAGAAGAGCAACUUGUUAAGGCCAAAGAACAGAUUGAAAAUUAUAAGAGACAAACCAGAAAUGGUCUGGGGAAAGAUCACGAAGUCCUGAGGAGGAGGAUCGAAAACGGAGCUAAAGAGCUCUGGUUUUUUCUCCAGAGUGAAUUGAAGAAAUUAAAGAAUUUAGAAGGAAAUGAACUCCAAAGACAUAUAGAUGAAUUUCUUGCAGAUUUAGGAGAUCAUGAAAGGAUUCUGAUGGCAAUUACUGUCUCAUUAGCGAACAAUAAAAGGAAAAUUAUUGCAUUAGUAAAGUCUGCCACAGUGAAGAGAAUAACCCCACACAAACAAGGAUCUAUUAUGACAGAUCUAUACUACCUCAGUCAAACAGAUGGAGCUGGUGAUUGGCGGGAAAAAGAGGCCAAAGAUCUGACAGAGUUGGUUCAGCGGAGAAUAACUUAUCUUCAGAAUCCCAAGGACUGCAGCAAAGCCAAGAAGCUAGUAUGUAAUAUCAACAAAGGCUGUGGCUAUGGCUGUCAACUCCAUCAUGUGGUCUACUGCUUCAUGAUUGCAUAUGGCACCCAGCGAACACUCAUCUUAGAGUCUCAAAAUUGGCGCUAUGCCACUGGCGGAUGGGAGACUGUUUUCAGACCUGUAAGUGAGACAUGCACAGACAGAUCUGGUGUCUCCACUGGACACUGGUCAGGUGAGGUAAAGGACAAAAAUGUUCAAGUGGUCGAGCUCCCAAUUGUAGACAGUCUGCACCCUCGGCCUCCAUAUUUACCCUUGGCUGUCCCAGAAGACCUUGCAGACCGACUCCUCCGACUCCAUGGUGAUCCCGCUGUGUGGUGGGUGUCGCAGUUUGUCAAAUACUUGAUCCGCCCGCAGCCUUGGUUGGAAAAGGAAAUAGAAGAAGCUACCAAGAAGCUUGGCUUCAAGCAUCCAGUCAUUGGAGUCCACGUCAGACGAACAGACAAGGUGGGAACAGAAGCGGCCUUCCACACCAUUGAGGAGUACAUGGUGCAUGUUGAAGAACAUUUUCAGCUGCUCGCACGCAGGAUGCAAGUGGACAAAAAACGAGUGUAUUUGGCCACAGAUGACCCUUCCUUACUGAAGGAAGCAAAAACAAAGUACCCCAAUUAUGAAUUUAUUAGUGAUAACUCUAUCUCUUGGUCAGCUGGAUUGCACAAUCGCUACACAGAGAAUUCACUUCGAGGUGUGAUUCUGGAUAUACAUUUUCUCUCCCAGGCAGACUUCCUAGUGUGUACCUUUUCAUCCCAGGUUUGUCGAGUUGCUUAUGAAAUCAUGCAAACACUGCAUCCUGAUGCAUCUGCAAACUUCCAUUCCUUAGAUGACAUCUACUAUUUUGGGGGCCAAAAUGCCCACAACCAGAUUGCUAUUUAUCCUCACCAUCCUCGAACUGAAAAUGAAAUCGCUAUGGAGCCUGGAGAUAUCAUUGGUGUGGCUGGAAAUCACUGGGAUGGAUACUCUAAAGGUGUCAACAGAAAACUGGGAAGGACGGGACUCUAUCCCUCCUACAAAGUCCAAGAAAAGAUAGAAACAGUUAAGUACCCUACAUAUCCUGAAGCUGAUAAAUAAAAUUCAGCUGAGGAGAGAUGGACACCCAAACUCAGUUCAGACCAUUUCAGCCAACCCGGAGGUGAAGAAGGCCAGACCUGACAGCAUGGUUGAACCAGCAGAAACCCUGCACUGCAAGCCCUGGGAACUGCGAUGCUUCCUCGGUGGGAUUCCUCUUUAACAAGGGCUGAAAUGCCCUCCAGCCCAUGCACAGUUCAGUAAUGUACUCACACGUAACAGGCAAACCAUCGUUUUUUCUACUUUGCCCCUUUCAAUUUUCUGUCCCCAUGAAACAAACACUGCCACAUUGUGUAAUUUAAGUGACACAGACAUUUUGUGCGAGACUUCAAACAUGGUGCCUAUAUCUGAAAGACUUCCUGGGAAGAACUGAACAACUCCGUACUGUGAGGACUCUUCAUCCGCCGUGAUGUUUUGACCACUGAAUCCACUCCAGUUAGCAGAUCCAGAAUGAGAAUGGAUUGUAUUUCCCCUUUAUAAGGUUGUCUGGAAUUUUUUUUAAGUAAUUAUAUCAGUUCAUCCACUUCAUCAUUAAUAAGUGAAGGAUACAUCAGAAAAUAAAUAUUCACUCUAUUAGGAACUUUUGUAAAGCAAUGCCAUGAACAAAUUCUUUAGUAUUCAAUGUUUCUGGACAGUUUCUUUGAUAACAAAAAAUAAAUUU